UUAAAUUGCAUAUCGUAUUAUCGUUCAGACGUUAAAUCCCAGUACAAAAUAAUAUUAUAAUAAUUAAUAGGUAUAUCUCUUAUUACCUCCAGCUAGUCUUAAUAGGACACAGCAAUAUCUAUUUAAUACCUUAAUACUAAAGUUCGCUGCUAAUAUUUGUAGACACUCGUCGUUCGCAGACACAUACGUACGAACUUAUCACUCUCGCUAACUUGUUUGAAUCAAGCCAUCACUUGGCCUUAAUAUCACCGUUAAACGUUUUUAACUAAAAAUAUUUUUCUGUUAUAUUUAUUUAAUCGAAUUACAAGUAAAAAAACAAUCAUUUAAUAUGUCCGCCACUGCAACAGUAAGCGGCAGCCACUCGCAGUUAAACUCUCCGGUGUCUGAUUUGAUGUGUCUGGACCGUGUCAAAACCGAAAUACCCGUGGUCGGCUUGGGUUGCAAAUACUUCACGAGGCUCAUUUCCGGUCUCAAGGAAUCUUCCUCCGUCGUCGAGUGGAGUCUGAACAAAGCGACCAUCGGAGUGGAUCAUGUGGUCAGAUUUCCGUACGUCAAAGAUCAACUGUUGGCCAUUGAUCGGUUGCUGUGCUCUUCGUUGGACCUUACAGAACUCUCAUUACCCGUGUUGACUAGAACGCCGCAAGAAAUGUACAAUAGAAGUGUAGAAUACGUAAUUGGAAUAGUAACACCGAUUACCAAUUGGGUUGACUUGGAGCUUCUGCCUCCAGCAGAAUAUUAUGUCGACCAAUAUUUGCCAGAAUUGGAUAUUGAUCAACAAAUAAAGCCUGUACAGAGUGAAAAGGGUCCAAGAGCAUUUCAAUUAUCCGUAAAGCUUGUUCACCGCAUCAAACAACAUGCUUAUGCCGAACCAAAAUAUUUGGGGAGCCUGAUAUAUAGUUUAUAUGGAGAAUCAAUGUUGCUGGCGAAAAUAUUUGUUUUUGAACCAAAGUUGUUGCCAAAGACGUUUCGUCAGAUAUGGAAGAAACUUGGUGAUGGCGUGACGCCGAUAGAGGUAGCUAAUAGCUUAUUGUUGGUGGAAAUGGGCUGUCUACGACUUAGAGAAGGAGCAUCUUUACUAAUCAAAAUGAUAGAAAUCACCGAACAAAUGGCCAAGUGUUACAUAGAAAUGUUUAUAAGAUAUGUGUACGAAAAAAAAAAUUAUGUGGUCGAUAACCUAUCGCGAGUAGUAAAUCCUGUGACGAAAAAACAGAAAAAAAACACGGAAAUCAUGUCUUUUUCACAUGAAAAAGUAGAAGCAGAAACAAUAAACGAGAAUACAAAUGGUGCUGAAUAUUCAUCAUCUUAAGACUUAAUAGACUAUAGGAUAGCUCAAUGUAGUUCAAAUUGUUUGCACAGAGCUAUUUGGCGGUUUCAGUUUUAAUAUUAAU